GCGCAUGCGCAGUUUGCCGAAACGUUAUGAAACUGUUUUGUCCCAGUUCUGUGUGACUGGAGUUUAGGAAUCUGAGAUAUUCCGCGGAUAUAUUUAUUAAAACCAUCAUGAAAAUAUCACUGGGACUCAGAUAAAGUCACUGCACUGCAUUGGUGCCGCCUCAGGGGAGAUCCGAUCAUGUCCUCCGUCAACUCGGUCCACUGGUUCCGCAAGGGCCUCCGUCUCCAUGACAACCCGGCCCUGCUGGAGGCCCUGCGCGGCGCCCAAUCACUGCGCUGCGUUUACUUCCUGGACCCCUGGUUCGCCGGGGCCUCCAACCUGGGCGUCAACAGGUGGAGGUUUCUGCUGCAGUGUUUGGAGGAUCUGGACUCUAGUCUUCGUAAACUCAACUCUCGCCUGUUCGUGAUCCGCGGUCAGCCGGCCAACAUCUUCCCGCGGCUCUUCAAGGAGUGGAAGGUGUCGCGACUGACGUUCGAGUGCGACUCGGAGCCGUUCGGGAAGGAACGAGACGCUGCUAUAAAGAAGCUGGCGUCUGAGGCGGGGGUGGAGGUCAUCGUGAAGAUCUCACACACACUCUACGACCUCGACCGGAUCAUCGAGCUGAACGGCGGUCAGCCUCCGCUAACGUUCAAGCGCUUCCAGUCGCUAGCGAGCAGCCUCGAGCCGCCAGAGCCCCCGCUGGACCCGCCCACACUGGGGCUGAUGGGAAACUGUGUGACGCCCGUCGGCAACGACCACACGGAGAAAUACGGCGUCCCCCUGCUGGAGGAGCUGGGGUUCGACACUGAGGGUUUGGCUCCUGCCGUGUGGCCCGGGGGAGAAUCAGAGGCUCUGAGACGCAUGGACCGACACCUGGGACCCGAUUCCACCGCGGCGUGGCAGGAGAACUUCGAGCGCCCGAAGCAGAACUCGAGUCCUCUGCUGGCCAGUCCGCUGGGCUUGAGUCCGUACCUGCGCUUCGGCUGCCUCUCCUGCCGCCUGUUCCACCUCAAGCUCACUCAGCUCUACAAGAAGGUGAAGAAGAACGCCAACCCGCCCAUCUCUCUGUACGACAAGCUCUUGUGGAGAGAGUUCUUCUACACGGCCGCCACCAAUAACCCGCGCUUCGACCGCAUGGAGGGAAACCCCAUCUGCAUCCGCAUCCCGUGGGACCGCAACGCCGAGGCGCUGGCCAAGUGGGCGGAGGCCCGCACCGGGUUCCCCUGGGUGGACGCCAUCAUGACCCAGCUGCGGCAGGAGGGCUGGAUCCAUCACCUGGCUCGCCACGCCGUCGCCUGCUUCCUGACCCGGGGGGACCUGUGGAUCAGCUGGGAGGAGGGCAUGAAGGUGUUCGAGGAGCUCCUGCUGGACGCGGACUGGAGUGUGAACGCGGGGAGCUGGCUCUGCCACUCCUGCAGCUCCUUCUUCCAGCAGUUCUUCCACUGCUACUGUCCCGUGGGAUUCGGCCGGAGGAUCGACCCCAACGGAGACUUCAUCAGACGUUACUUACCUGUCCUCCGAGAUUUUCCAGCCAAGUACAUAUACGACCCCUGGAACGCGCCGGAAGACGUGCAGCUCGCCGCUAAAUGCGUGAUCGGCGUGGACUAUCCCAAACCGAUGGUGAACCACGCGGAGGCCAGUCGCCUGAACAUCGAGAGGAUGAGGCAGAUCUACCAGCAGCUCUCCAGAUACCGUGGACUCAGUCUUCUCGCCGCGGUUCCAUCCAACAACAGGGAGGACGUGGGUGUAAACGACGCCCGAGGGGCAACAGCGCCCCCUGAGCGUCGGAGGAUGCAGAGCAGCUCGCCAACUCAACCAGGGGUCAGGAGAGAGCAGACCGGUCCGAAACAAGCCUCCAAAUACCGACACUCCCUCGGCCACCGUACGUCACCCUACACGAACCACGGCCACGAGUUCGCCGUCCCACAACAACCAGGGCGUUCGAGUUGGCUGGUCGGGGGCGGGACUGGAAAGAGAGAAAGGGAGGCGGAGCAUAACGGUUCCCAUAGUGAUAAUGGCCCCUCCUCUUCAGCGCAACUAAAAGAUUAUGAGAAGAGGCGGGAAGACGCAGGGGGAGUGGCCUUCUCUUCCUAAGCCCCAACCACUGACUGAUCGUAAAAUUUCCCUCGCGUGUUAAGCACAAACAUUCGGAGUAAUUAAAAAACGAUUAAACGGCUGAUCCAGUCAGAUUGUGGCCUAGAAGUAAUUUUAACUUUUAAAAGGGGGCAAAAUUAUAAUGUUUAUUUAUUUAUUCCAAGUAUUGAUUUUAAAAAUCAGAUGUAAAUACUGUCGUGACCAUUCACACCAAAACGCUAUGUGAACGGUCUUGUUUGCUAGAGUCAAACAAAUGUUCGUCUAAAUGUUUUGAUAGCUCGGGAUUUAUAUUGUACUUGACGAACACAUGAACCAAAUUCUUAUUGGUCGACACAUUUUUGUCGCCAAAUGAGAAACCCGUUUUCAUCGAUUUUAUCCAAAACCACAUUUGCGCGACAUUUAGAUGGAUCCAGUGUUCUCACCUGUACAUACCUGCAUCUGUUUCCAUGGCGAUGUGAGUCACAUGGUCCCGGAGUCGAACACGUUUGGGUCCAAACUACUUGUAACUGUAUGACGGAUGAAGGAUUGUCCCAUCUUCUGUCUCAACGACUCUCUUUUGUUUAGAUGUCGUUGGAGAUGAAAAACGUUCGUUAUUAUAACGUUUAAGUGUUUUUUUGCACAGUUUACGUCAUCGAUCUUCCAUCGCUCGUUGUACAUUAUUGUCACCUGUUAUUUUCAUCCACGCUUCCAUCUCCACGUCUUCAAGUAUUUUGUAUAUGACAGCAGUAUCUGAUGUAGCUGUACAUUUUUACUGCCGGUGUUUUUCUACAGAAUUAUCAUAGCUGUUUCGAAUUUAUAAAUAUACAGUACAUGUAUAUCAUACCAGCAUUUGUUUCUUAGUCUGCAUGUGGCACUUCAUCAUUCAGCUAAUAAAAAAUAUUUUAACAAA